GUUUAUUCCCUCUACCCAGAUGCGUCAAUUUUUAACAUCUUAUCACUUUCACUUUAUCAUUCUCUCUUAACAGAUGGAUAAUAUUACACAUGUGUGUAUAAAAUUUCUUUUUCUGAACUAUCUGAGAAUGAGUUGCAGACAUUAUGCUCCUUUUCUCCUAAAGCGUCAUUGUGUAUUCCUAAAACAAGGAUUUUCUCCUACAUAGCCUGAGAGUAAAUUAUCAAAAUCAGCAGAUUUAACACUGAUACAAUAGUGUUAUCUAAUCCACAAUCCAUAUUAAUUUUGUCAAGUUCCUAAUGGUGUGCUUUAUUGUUUCCAGUCCAGAACCCAAACCAAGAUCACCCCUUGCAUUUGGUCCUCAUGUCUCUUGGGUGGAACAGUUCCCCAGCCUCUCCAAGGUUGUCAUGGCCACUGAAGUUUUCAAGUCUCAGCAAGUGUUUUUGAGGUGGUCAGGCCAGGAUCAUGUGAUCAGGCGGCAUCUUGGCACUGGGAGUGGGAUUUUCUGCAGCUCCUCAAGAGGUUGUGUAGCAGAGUGGUUAAGUGUGAGGGGUCUGGAAACUAACUGGCUAUGCUCAAGACCUGGCUCUGCUACUUACCAGCUGUGUGAUAUUAGCCACAUUACUUAGCCCCUCUGGGAAUGGAUAUGAUAAUAAUUGUACCUAAUGAAUAGGUUGUAUGUGCUUCUCUGCUAUUUCCACUCCCCAGAGACUGCCGUUCACCAUCCCCGAGCUGGUUCAUGCCUCCCCCUGUCGCAGCUCUGACGGCGUCUUCUAUACAGGCCGGAAGCAGGAUGCCUGGUUUGUGGUGGACCCUGAAUCAGGGAAGACGCAGAUGACCCUGACCACAGAGCGACCCUCUACCCCCCGCCUCUACAUCGGCCGGACGCAGUACACGGUCACCAUGCAUGACCCUAGGGCCCCAGCCCUGCGCUGGAACACCACCUACCGCCGCUACGCAGCAGCCCCCGUGGACGGCUCACCUGGGAAAUACACGAGCUACCUGGCAUCCUGUGGGAUGGGCCUGCUGCUAACGGUGGACCCAGGAAGCGGGGCGGUGCUGUGGACCCAGGACUUAGGCGUACCUGUGGUGGGCGUCUACACAUGGCACCAGGACAGCCUGCGCCAGCUGCCCCAUCUCACACUGGCUCGGGACACCCUGCACUUCCUUGCCCUCCGCUGGGGCCACAUCCAACUGCCCGCCUCAGGCCCCCAGGACACCGCCACUCACUUCUCUGCCUUAGACACCCAGCUGCUGAUGACGCUGUAUGUGGGGAAGGAUGAAGCUGGCUUCUAUGUGUCUAAAGCACUGGUUCACACAGGGGUGGCCCUAGUGCCUCGUGGACUGACCCUGGCCCCCACGGAUGGCCCUACCACAGAUGAGGUGACACUCCAAGUCUCAGGAGAGCGAGAGGGCUCACCUAGCACUGCUGUCAGAUACCCCUCAGGCAGUACGGCCCUCCCUAGCCAGUGGCUUCUCAUUGGACACCAUGAGCCACCCCCAGUCCUGCACACGACCAUGCUGAGAUUCCAUCCCACCCCAGGGAGUGGGACUUCUGGGACCAGACCCUCAGGGGGCACCCAGGCCCCAGCUCUCUUCUUGGAGCUCCUGAGCCUGAGCCGGGAGGAACCUUCGAACCUGGAGCUGCAUCCUGAAGAGAAAACCCCAGACCUGCAUCCAGGACUGGGACCCCAAGACCUGCUGGCAGCCAGCCUCACUGCUCUCCUCCUGGGAGGAUGGAUUCUCUUCCUGAUGAGGCAGCAACAGCAGCUGGCAGAGAAGCAGUGGCAGCAGGCCCCCCUGGCACCUGCAGGCCCGUCUCACAUCUCACAGGAUGCUCAGUCUCAGCCCUCCGGGGCCACCCCACGGAGCCGCAAGAGGUUUCAAAACCCCCCAGAGCAAGACCAGCCACUCGAAGACCCUGAAGCCGAGCAGCUCACCGUGGUGGGGAAGAUUUCCUUCAAUCCCAAGGACGUGCUGGGCCGCGGGGCAGGCGGGACUUUCGUUUUCCGGGGACAGUUCGAGGGGCGGGCCGUGGCGGUCAAGCGGCUCCUCCGUGAGUGCUUCGGCCUGGUCCGGCGGGAGGUGCAGAUGCUGCAGGAGUCUGAUAGGCACCCCAACGUGCUCCGCUACUUCUGCACCGAGCGGGGACCGCAGUUCCACUACAUCGCCCUGGAGCUCUGCCGGGCCUCGCUGCGGGAGUACGUGGAACACCCGGAGACGGACCGCUGGGGCCUGGAGCCCGGGAUGGCGCUGCAGCAGCUGAUGGCGGGCCUGGCCCACCUGCAUUCCUUACACAUAGUGCACCGGGACCUGAAGCCCGGCAACGUCCUCAUUACGGGGCCCGACAGCCAGGGCCGAGGCAGAGUGGUCCUCUCAGACUUUGGCCUCUGCAAGAAGCUGCCUGCUGGCCGCUGCAGCUUCAGCCUCCAUUCAGGCGUCCCCGGUACAGAAGGCUGGAUGGCGCCCGAGCUCCUGCAGCUCCUGCCCCCAGACAGCCCCACCAGCGCAGUGGACAUAUUCUCUGCAGGCUGCGUGUUCUACUAUGUGCUUUCCAGUGGCAGCCACCCCUUCGGAGAGAGUCUUUAUCGCCAGGCAAACAUCCUUGCAGGCUCUCCCUGCCUGGCUCACCUGGAGGAAGAGGCCCACGACAAGGUCAUUGCCUGGAACCUGGUGGAGGCCAUGCUGAGCCCCCUGCCACAGGCUCGUCCCUCUGCUCACCAGGUGCUGGCCCACCCCUUCUUUUGGAGCAGAGCCAAGCAGCUCCAGUUCUUCCAGGACGCCAGCGACUGGCUGGAGAAGGAGCCUGAGCAGGGGCCGCUGGUGACGGCGCUGGAGGCGGGUGGCACCGAGGUGGUCCGGAGUGACUGGCACAAGCACAUCUCGGUGCCGCUGCACACAGAUCUGAAGAGGUUCCGGUCGUAUAAGGGGACGUCGGUGCGAGACCUGCUCCGUGCUGUGAGAAACAAGAAGCAUCACUACAGGGAGCUCCCGGCCGAGGUACGGCAGGCGCUGGGCCCUGUCCCUGACAGCUUCGUCCAGUACUUCACAAACCGCUUCCCACGGCUGCUGCUCCACACGUACCAUGCCCUGAGGAGCUGCGCCUCUGAGAGCCUCUUCCUGCCCUACUAUCCGCCGGCCUCAGGGGCCCAGGCGCUGAGCCUGGGAGCUGCUGGGAGCUGAGCUGGCCUGGCGUCGAAAAGACCAGCAGAGGCUGGGCCGCCAGGGACACCAGAGCAACAGUGUGGCCGGAACCCGGGGGCCAGGCACCCCUCGGGGAACACAAGAAGAAAAAGGAAGAUUCAUAUAUGUUUAAUGUAAUAUAAAGGCAAGGAAAAGACAGUCCCGAAUUCAA